GAAAGCUUAUUUUGAUACCUUUGAAUGUGGUGUGUCAAUCUGAUUUCUUGAUAUGUAUAUCCUGUGCAGUUCUAGUUUUUAGUUGAUUGUUCUCUGUACACACUGUUACAGGUGUACAUAAUGGGAACACAUAGUUUAGCUGAAGUGGAAGCGGCUUUCAGCCUCUUGAAGUUCGGUUACUGCACCAAACAAACAGCUUUUGAGGAAAUACGUCCAAUGCCUCUUCCAAAAGAUGUCUGUCAAGUUCAUAUUGGUGAGAAGACAAGUUUGACAUUAGAUUCUAAUGCUGCACUGAUAGAUGAGGAGUACAAUGAAGAAUUUGGCUUCAACAUUUUAGAAGAUAUUGGACUUCCAAUACCAACUACUGAUUUUGGUGAUGUUGAAAAUACCGAGGAUUUUACCAUUCUCGUGAAUGGCGUGAGUAUAAAUUCUUGUCUCUCUGAAGAGAUCAGAAAUAGGUAUUAUGAUCUAUGCUGCUCACAAAGGUCAUUUCUGCACAACCAUCUCCUCAAAAGUAUUAAUGGUAAGUUAGCUGCUGAAAUAAUAACCGAAACGAUUAACAUUGCUAAUGCCAUUAGAGCUUGCAGGCUUUCCACCGCCCACAGUGCUUAUGUAUUGUGGGAAAAGACUUUAGAUGCCUUUGAGAUUUUGGGUAUUAAUGUUGGAUUCUUACGUGCUCAGCUGAAGCGGCUUCUGAGCCUUUCUUUCAGGACCAAACAGGCUCUGAUAAGGAAAUCAAAGGAGGCUAAACUUGAGCAAGCUUGUGCAAAGGACAAGGUGAUAACUCUUGAAUCCAAGUAUUGGAAAUGGAAAGAGAGGGUGGUAAGUGUUGAUGCUAAGAUAGAGGCUCUAAAGGAAGUUGCAGAGAGGCGUGAACUUUUCUUCCAGGAAGAGGCUGUUUGA